AUGUCUAUUAAACAAGGGGAGACUGAAAGCUUGAUGGAUUAUGUCGGGCGUUUCAAUGCCGAAGCCGUCACCAUCCCGACACUGCAGCAGGAAGUAGCAGUACUGGCCCUAAUGACGGGGUUGAAAGAAGGUACCCCAUUUCGCAGUUAUCUCGCCAGAAAAAAGAUGACAUGCCUAACAGAAGUCCUGGGAAAGGCUAAUGACUUCAUUAGGGGGGAAGAGUUUGACAAGGCAGCUAAUGCAAAAAGGCCAGUGGCCAUAGAGAAAGAUAAAGAAAAGGAUCGCCGGGAUGACAAAUACCGGAAGGAUAAAAAAUCGGAGUCAACCGGCAGAAAAGAGGAAAGCAACUACAACAAUUAUACUCCGCUAACAAUAUCCCGGGCCCGGAUUUUUGAACUUCAUAGUAAGGACGAUAAGUGGCAAAGGCCGCGAAAAAUGUACUACAAGGGUAGGGAUAAGUCCAAGUGGUGCGAAUUUCAUGAUGAUUACGGCCACAAAAGACGAUUGCAAGGACCUUAA